AAUGAACUCACAGAAAACCAUAGAGUCGGUCACAUUCAUCUGCUUUGUUUUGAGAAUUGGGCACCGAAAAAAAAAUUAAAAAAGUUAUCACAGCUGUCGUCCGUCACUGUCAGUGUCAAUAAAUAUUCGUCAAAAAUUGUUUUCAUUUUGUAAUAAUUUUCAUUAAGCUUUGCUGAAAUUCAUAAAAAUAUAAUAAGAUGACUAUUUAUAACAUGUAUAUAUUUGAUCGUUACGGUACACUUUUGUACUAUGGAGAAUGGAAUAGAGUGAAAAAUACGGAAAUGUCCAGGGAGGAGGAGGGCAAACUGAUGUAUGGUAUGCUGUUCUCGAUAAAGUCGUUUGUUGCCAAAAUAUCGCCAUUGGACCCGAAAGAAGGAUUUAUGCAUUACAAGACUUCAAAGUACACCUUAAACUGCUUGGAAACUCCAUCUGGAUUAAAGUUCGUCAUGAACACCGAUAACCAAGCUCAGGGAGUUAGAGAAUUGCUGAAAAAGAUUUAUGCAGAGGUGUACGUCAAGUACGCCAUCAGAAACCCACUAUGUGUAAUCGGAGAACCCAUUACUAGUGAACUUUUUAAAAGUAAAUUAGAUGCAUUUAUUAAACAAACGCCUAUUCAUGCUGUACGAGCAUCUUGAUAGUAAUAUGUUGUAUAAUAGUGUUAACCAUAAAUAAGCCGCAAUAGGCUAAUGCUAAUUUAUUAGGUGACCAUGUUGCACCUAUCUGAUGUUUUGAUGUACAUAUUUUAUUCUAUAAGUUUUACGUGUUAGCUUUACUAUAAAAUUUGAAUUAUUGAUGCUGAACUUACUUC